AUGGGAGCUACAACUAGUAGCUGGGAACAGGUUUUCUUGCAGAGCCCUGAGGGUGAGCGCUGUGUUCUGCCGGGCCGAGGGCGUCUGCGGGGCGCGCAGGGGCGGCCCCCGCGGGGCAGCGGCCGCAUCACUCCCCGCGGACGGCAGGUGCGUCCGUCCCUUCCGGACGCGCUGGAGCGGGGAGGAGCCGACCGGAGUCUGGGGUCCAGCCGUCACCCGGCUGCGGGCGCUGCGGGGAGAGGCGGGAGCUGGCCAGGGCGGAGGGCCGCGGGGAGGCAGGGACGGAGCGGGAGGGAGGACGGGAGCCCCGGGGAGAGGCGGGCGGGCGGCGGACAGGGAGAGGCCGCAGGGAUGAGCCGCGGAGACGCGGGCAGGAGGGAAGGGAGCGGCAGGGGACCCGCGAGCACGCCGGCGUUCGCGCUGUCCGUGCCGCACGCGGUGGCGGCGCUGCGGCUGCCCUUCUGCGCCGCGAGGCCGGUCGUGGACCACUUCUUCUGCGAGCUGCCCGCCGUGCUGAACGCCGCCUGCGCCGACACGGCCGCCAACCACCGGCUGGUGUACGUGCUGGGCGUGCCCAUCCUGCUGCUGCCCCUGGCCUUCAUCCUCGCCUCCUACGCGCUGAUCCUGGCGGCCGUGCGCAAGCUGCGCUCCACGCGGAGCCGCCGCAAGGCGCUGUCCACCUGCGGCUCGCACCUGGCCGUGGUGGGGCUCUUCUACGGCACGGUGAGCGCCGUGUACCUGCGCCCGCGCGCCUCGCGAGCCCUCCCCGCCGGGCAGCACAAGCUGGUGGCCGUGUUCUACCUCGUGGUCACGCCCGUCCUGAACCCGCUCAUCUACAGCCUGCGAAACCGCGAGGUCCACGCUGCGGCCCGGUUGGCGCUGGCCCGAGUGCAGGGCAAGCGCACCACGCUGGACUGA